AUGUCCAAUAAUUUUACUAAAACACCCAUAGUUGGAGUAAAUGAUAUUGGUAAUUAUGUCCAUAAUUUAGAAAUUAACGAUUUAAAAAAAGAGGAACUCUUAAAAACUCCGUGGGUUCCUUCUUCAACAUAUAUUUUCCCUGUAAAAACCAAAAUAAAUUUACGAUUUCAAUUAUCUUGGAUAAAACGAUUUCCAUGGCUUAGUUAUUCACAAUUAUUUGAAGGAGCAUUUAGUAGACUAUGUGUUUUGUUUGCUCGAGAAAAAGGAGGUAAUGGUAGCCAUCAAAAAUUAGGUGCACUUGUUUCUAAAGAGUAUACUAAUUGGAAAAAUGCUUUGCAAGACUUUCAAUUACAUGCUACCACAUCUUAUCACAAAUUGCAAAAAAUUGCUUUUUGUGGAUCAAACGAUUAUGAAAAUGUAAUGAACAUAAAUGAUUUUAAUGACGGAAAUUUUAGAGCUCUUUUACGGUUUCGUGUAGAUUCAGAUGACACUAUGCUAGGAGAACAUUUGAAAAAUGGUCCAAGAAAUUCUUUAUAUACUAGUCCUGGUAUUCAAAAUGACAUAAUUUCUAUUUGUGGUGAAAUAAUCAAGUCAAAAAUUGUCCAAAGAGUAAAUGCUGCCGAGUGCUUUUCUGUGUUAGCGGACGAAACUACAGAUAUUGGAAGAAUUGAACAAAUGUCUGUAUGUUUGCGUUAUUAUGAUCAAAAAGAUAAAAAAAUUCGAGAAGAUUUUUUAGAAUUUACACCGGCUGUUGAUCUUAGUGGAAAAGGACUAGCAACUUUGAUAAUGGGGUGUUUACAGAAGAACAGUAUACAUUGUCAAUUUUUAGUUGGACAAGGUUACGAUGGAGCCUCUGCCAUGAGUGGAUAUUUACAUGGUGCUCAAGAAUACAUAAAAAAAGAUUUUCCCAUGGCACUUUAUGUACAUUGCAGUGCUCACUCGCUCAAUCUAGCGUUGGCCAACGCCUGUUCAUUGCCCUCAAUAAGAAACUGUAUUAGCACCAUUCAAACUGUUGAAACAUUUUUUCGCUCAUCGGCUCAAAGAAAUGAAUUAUUGAGAACAACUAUUAUCGAAACUCUUUCAGAGACAAGGCAUACCACAUUAGUUGCAUUAUGUGAAACUCGUUGGGUUUAUAAGCAUGAAAGUGUCAUGCGGUUCAAAGAACUAUAUCCCGCUAUUAUUGUUGCAUUGGAAAAAUUGGAGUCAUCAAUAAAUAAAGAAACUGCUCAAAAGUCUUGUCAGUUAUUAAGUACAAUUAAAGACGCUAAAUUUGUUAUACCUCUCGUAAUAAUUGAAAAUAUUUUUUCGUAUACAUUGACAUUGUGUAAACAGCUACAGACAAUUAAUGCUGAUUUAGUCGAAACAUGCAAUCAUGUUGAUGAUGUGUUAGCCGUAUUAGACGAAAUGAGAGAAAAUAACAAACAACAUUUUUCAGACCUGUUUUCUGUUGUUGCCAUCAUGUUGAAUAAAAAUAAAAAAGACAUUGUUUUGCCUCGUAUCGCUAAUAAACAAACACACCGUAGUAAUGUGUUUUCUCAUAGCUCUGAAGAGUAUUACAAUUUUAAUAUUUUUUUGCCAUUUCUCGACUAUAUCAGAUCACAGCUUUGUGAUAGAUUUCAAAAACACAAAUCUUUAAUAAGUUCAUUACAACAAAUCAUUCCAAGUAAAUGUAUAAUCGCUACCAAUGAAGAAAUAAACGAUUGUGUAAACUUUUAUUCUCAGAUAUUGAUUGAGCCUAAUGCUUUCAAAGCUGAAUUUGCAAUGUGGAAGACAAAGUGGCUAAAAGAAGGAUCUCGCCCAAAAACAGCAAUUGCAGGACUUGACAAUUGUAACCCUCUUUUAUUUCCUAAUAUAAGGAAACUUCUAUAA